CAGCCCUAGUUCAGUCAGUCCUUAAAUACUGCAGCAACUGCACAGCUUGCCUUACUGAUUUCUUCUGCGAUCUGAGGAAAGAAGUUUCUCGAACAACAUGUCUGGAAGAGGCAAAACCGGAGGCAAAGCCCGCGCCAAGGCUAAGACCCGCAGCUCCCGCGCUGGUCUGCAGUUCCCUGUCGGCCGUGUGCAUCGUCUUCUGCGUAAAGGCAACUACGCUGAGAGAGUAGGUGCUGGUGCUCCCGUCUAUCUGGCUGCCGUUCUUGAGUACCUCACCGCUGAGAUCCUCGAGUUGGCGGGAAAUGCUGCGAGGGACAACAAGAAGACUCGUAUCAUUCCUCGCCAUCUUCAGCUGGCCGUCCGUAACGACGAGGAGCUGAACAAACUGCUCGGUGGAGUGACCAUCGCCCAGGGAGGUGUUCUCCCCAACAUCCAGGCCGUGCUGCUGCCAAAGAAAACUGGCCAGGCUGUCCCCAGCUCUGGCAAAUCGGGAAAGAAGGGUUCUUCCCAGUCACAGGAGUAUUAAAAAGCUACGCUGAACUUACUUAACUCACCUAAAGGCCCUUUUAAGGGCCACCCAAUUAUUCUGAAAAGCGCUAUUUCUAUGUAUCUGAACUGUGGUGGUAGUAUGUAUUGACUUUUUUUGCACAUUAAACCGCUUUGGGGUUUUUUUUUAUUUA